AGGAGCGCCACGCGUUUCUCGAUCUUAAUACUUCACCACGGCUUCCGCACUGGCUACCGCUAUUCUUCCUCGGCCCCAGGUCGACGAUUCUUUUCGCAGACCAUCGAUCCUGCAGGUUUUUGACCUGCCCGCCUUCAAGACGUCGCCCCCCAGCCUCGACGACAGGCUGCCGUCCAUCAGCCACGACAUAUCUCGACCCUCGUCAAGCUCUACCGUGGCUUCCCCUCCGCACCAGCAGCAGCACAGUGGCAGCAAUGCCUCAAUUCAGCUACCCUCCCUGGCCACACUAGCCUCCGCCGCAUCCAAUUGCCCCACCGCAAGCUUAACCAGUAAUGAUAAUAAUGAUAAUACGAGGAAUAACACGCCCGAGAAGAAGAUGCCAUCCCCACCAAGCAAACCCUCUAAUGGCCUCAGCAUGACUUAUGCAACCUCUGCGCCCGCGACUGCUGGUGGACAGGCAGGCUCUCCGCCCGUCUGCCAGAACUGCUCUACGAGCACCACGCCCUUGUGGCGCCGCGAUGAGACAGGCGCCGUCCUCUGCAAUGCCUGCGGUCUCUUCUUGAAGCUGCACGGUCGGCCGCGUCCCAUCUCCCUCAAGACUGAUGUCAUCAAGAGCCGCAACCGCGUCAAGACUGGUGGACUAGGCGGACGCAAGAGGACAAGCGACCAAGGCGGUCUUCCCGCGGCGCACCCCGAUGCAGAUGGCCAGCUCGCGCUCGCCCAGCACCGUCGUGCGUCUGGAAAGAUGUCUUCGGGCCUGUCUGACCGUUCGCAGUCCCCCAUCUCACGCACUGGCACUCCAAACUUCAACCAUCCCUCCAACAUUGCGCCCCAGCACAUGUUUGAGCAGGCUCUGCACAGCGACUUUCAUUCACCUUCGCUUCCUGGCUUCGGUCUCCGGGCUCCUUCACCUGCUACAUCAUCAGUCAACGGUUCCCACCUCGAGGCCCCUCUACCGUAUGAAACACUUGCUGCGCAAAACACUGCGCUCAAGACUCGUGUUUCCGAGAUGGAGCUCAUCAAUGACCUGUUCCGUAACCGCGUCAGCGAGCUCGAGCAGAGCGAGCAGUCCGCGCGGCAGACGGAAUCUACACUGAGGAAAGAGCUUGAGGAGGUUAAGCAACGAGAGGCUGACUUGAAGAGGCGGCUCGAUGAGAUUGAGAACGAAAGCCCCAGGCACAAGCGGAUGAAGAUGAGUGAAUUCGUGGACGAGAGCCGCGCGGGUACGCCUAUCAGUGCCAUGGUAGAUUAGGCUCGAAAAUCUUGCGAUGAGGCGUUUCCUUUGAUUAUCUAACGACUGUUCCAUGCAUGCGGGGAAAUGUUCGGUGGUGCUGGGUUGAGGUAGUACUCGUCCCAUGCCAGCUUGCACCCCACGAGAGU